AUUAUAGGAAAAAUCUGAAGGCAACAACACAGUUAGUGUAGUAUGGUGUGCUCCUCUCAGAUAGGGUCGGCUCCUCUUCGUUAGAAAAACACGUCUUCUUUGGGACCCACUUUUCUUGUCUCUAUCUCACAGUAUCUCCCUAUAUAUAUGUGUCUUUUGCCUCUCUACCCCGUACACUUUGAUCCCCAUCUUAAACUACCUACUUUACAUCUAUUCCUACUACUACUACAUAGUAUACUGUCCAAAAGCCUCUGAGUUUACCAAAUAUAGUUCCCAUGAAUGACAUAAUGUCAAAUUCUCAGGAGUACUUAGGUGAAAGUAGCAAUAUUAUUGGAUCAACCCAAAACAGCAAUUUAGAGGAUGAGUUGACUCCCUUUUUCUGUUCACCAACAAUGAAGAAAAUGCUGGAGGUGAUGGUGAUCCGGACCUUUAACCAUGUUCUAAAGCCAACGUUGGAAAAAUCGAUUCGUAAUGUUGUAAAACACGAACUUGAAUUGGCUGAGAAGAAGUUUUUGUUCGCCAAGGGAAACUCUGAAAAAGAUAUUCAAGCUCCUAAACCAAGAAACUUGAAGUUGAAGUUCUUGACAAAGGUAUCUGUUCCUGUACUUACUGGAGUGGCAAUUAAAGGAGAAGGAGGUAAUACUAUUCAAGUGGCUUUGAUUGAUGGUAAUACUGGAGAAAUUGUUGACUCUGGACCAGAAGCCUCCGCUAAAGUGGAAAUAGUUGUUCUUAAGGGAGAAUUUGGAGGUGAUAAUGAAGGUAAUUGGACAGCUGAAGAGUUCUGUAGCAACGUUGUGCGAGAGAGGGAAGGAAAAAUGUCUCUUCUUGCAGAAACUGUAAAUGUGAGACUUUAUAAAGGCAUUGGUUCUAUAGAUAAAAUCAGAUUUACACAUUCUUCAAUCUAUAUGAGGACGAGGAUGUUCAGGCUAGGUGCACGAAUUGCUGACACUUUCAAUAGUAUUCGAGUAAAAGAAGCAAGGACUGAAUCUUUCACUGUCAAGGAUGGGCGCCAGCUAUAUAAUGAAAAGCAUGAUCCACCAUCACUAUCCGAUGGGGUACAGCGGUUAAAAAACAUAGGUAGAGGCAGUAAGUAUCGCCUCCGGGAUGAAAACGUCAACACUGUAGAGGACUUUUUGAUUUUGCUCCUAAAAGACCGUGAGCGACUCAAAUGUGUACUUAAUCUAAAGCCAAAAAUGUUGGAGGAGACAAUUCGCCAUGCUCAAAGAUGCAUAAUUAAUGAACAGAUAUACUCAUAUAUUGACUUCGAAGAAAAUGAAGGUGUGGUUUUUAACAUUGUUGGAGAGGUGCAAGGACUUAUUCUGGGGUUACAAUAUCUACCUAUGCAUCUAUUAUCUGAAAGUGAUAAGGAUAAUGCUCAGAGGCUGCUGGUAUCUGCAUGUGAACAUUGGGAUCAUGUCGUACCAGUUGAUAAUGAAAUGUCUGUCGUGCAAUAUCUUUCUCAAAUAUUGCCAACCAAGAAUCCGCCGAAUUCUUCAAGACAAGAGGUUCCUAGCACCAGUAACAAUGUUGAGAAUUUUAGAAUAAGUGAUGGACACUGUUCUACCUCCAUCAUUCCAGCCAGAGACUGUUCUACCUCCAUCAUUCCAGCCAGAGAUGCAAGUGCAAUCGGUCUGAAUGAUUGUGGUUCCACCAGUAUUAGCAACAUGGAGUUCUCUAACUCCCCGAUAUAUAGUCCUUCAGUCCAAGAUUGGAUUGAUCAGUGCAACUAUCGUUUUGAAGAUUUGGUUUUUGGAUUUGAUGCUCAUCAACCGCAUGAUGCUUCUGCGUCUAAGGUAAAUGUGCAUAACAGGUGGAAAAUGCUGCUUACUAUCUUUAGACAGUCCUCGAUGAGAAGAAGAGCUGCAGCAUUAAUGGAUAUUCAACCUACAAAGAAGCAGAAAGUCUGUUGAUUCUGUUGCUUUACCCUAUUAGUAAACAGUUUGACAGCAGGUGCAUAUUUCCUUGGUGAUGUUGCUGCUUACCAAAGAAUAUUAGUAAUUGCUAUUGAAGAAUGAGUUUCGACUACUCUGGUUAUUUUAUGCAGUUGAUAGGAUACAUCUCAGUGCUCCUCAUCACAGACAAGGAAAGCAUAACCUUCCCCUGCAGGUUCUAGUUACUCGUUGUUCUGGUGCACCAGUAGCUGAGAUUCGACAUUUCUAGAGCUGCUUUGAAGUCUUUGUUGUUUAACCUGUGCUUCACUUUGAGUUUCUCUUGUUAAUUUGAGAAGGCGUGUCGAAAGUCUAAUAUAGUUAUAUGUUAGAAUGUCAAAAUAAUAUAGUUGUAUGUUCUAAGUGUUUAGAUUCAUUUUAUAUCUUGGUUAAUUGUAUAGAAAACUAUUGAUAAUCAUCUCAUAAUUGGAAAUCCCAAUAAUUAAAAGUGUCUUUACUACAACAACAACAACAAAAACAACAACAUACCCAGUGGAAUCCCACAAUGAGGAGUCUGAGGAGGGUAAAGUAUACGCAUACCUUACGCCAAUUUGACAGGUAGGGAGGUUGUUUCCGAAAGACCCUCGGCUCAAGAGAAAACAAGACAAAAGAGUCAGAUAAGGAGUGUCUUUAUUUCACGAAAUCUAAACUUCUACAUAAGGAGGCAUUUUUUUGUUAUUCGCCACUUAAUUCAAUAAGAUGUUUUUCUCUUUUACAGUAAGUUUCUUGCAACUGUAUCCAACAUGAAAGGAGGUUGAAAUAAUACUUGGUGAGGCAAGCUUUUGUGUUCAUAUUACUUGCUGCAGAUUUGGACGAGAUGCAUUUAGUAGAACUGCAGAAGAAAUUGUAGUGUCCAUCUGUUGGAGGGACAACAAAGAUAUUAUUAUUUUUAGUGCUUAUCAAGCGAAAAUAAACUUCUCUCUUAAUAUGGAAAUCGCUCCCUGCUAGUGUAUGCCUCUCUCUAUCUCUCUCACACACAUCGAUUUCCCCAUUUUUCAGCCACAUACAGGGAAAAUGGAUUUUCAUUGAGACCUUCUUUUCUAUUACUAGUUCAGCUCUAUGUGUAAGAAACUGCAGUGUAAAUCUUGUCACUAUUAGGAUAUCCUCGCAAGGUAUUACCUACUGAGUGCUACCGCGGUUAUCUCUUAUAACGUGUAUUACACCUCCUAUAUCUUCUUUGUAAUUCUCUGUACUGAACUUACUGUUCUUUUAAGUUUAUUUUUUUACUAGUUUUAAUCUGUCUCUCUGUUUCUGAUAUCCUCAACUACCACUACUUCUUAAAGUUCCCCGCCAGAGAGGCAGAGACUCAAGGAUUGUUCUGCCUACCAAUUGCACUCUUAAUACUUAAUACUACUUCUAUGCCUUCUCUAUUGAUGUUUCCUUGUUGGCUGAAUUGUCUGACUUAGAAAGAUGAUACGGGUAGACAAUUAUUGAUUGCGGUUACUAUUCUCAUCAGCAAUGAUUUGCUGUACAAUUGGGCCUGGUUAUUUUGUGAGCUUCCAUAUAUGACCAGUUUGACAUGAGGUGUCAAAUAUAAGCAUUACCAAAGAAAAAAUUGAACUAAAUGAAGAAGAAGCUUUAGAUGGUCAUAUUUACAUGUUAUCCUUCAGCUUUCUGAAACAUGGAACUCUACAUGAUAUAGUGAUAAAU